AUGUCAGCACAGUUUCCCCCACCUCAGCUCAAGGCCGCGGCCGAGGAAGUCGCCGCGUUGCUCAAAUCGCGCGGCGAGACCGUCUGUGUGGCCGAGACGGCGGCAGGCGGGCUGAUCAGCGCGGCGCUGCUCGCCACGCCGGGCGCGAGCAAGAUAUACCGUGGUGGCUUGACGCUGUAUACUUUGGAAUCCCGCAUCGCGUUCGCCGGCUGGACGCAUCGGGACAUUGAUGUCUAUGAUGGGCCGACGCCAACAUUGGUCGAAGGACUGGCGCGCAGUGUCAGGGAUAAGUUGGACGCGACGUAUUGCAUCGGCGAGUCCGGUACGUACAUGUCUGUGUCUGUGUCUGUGUCACGCGGGACCGCUAUGUUCCCUGUCUAG